AUGACUAUUCUGUCACGAGGAACAAAUGGAAUUGAGCGCAGAGUGGUAAUUGAAGAAGCUGUUCCCGGUGAGGCCUCUGAAAGUGUAGUCAUUGAUGAAGUCGGCGGUGAAGGAAAAACAGACGCUGAACUCGCGGAAACUGUAGAACAUAUUUUCUCCAAACCGGAUAUCGAUGACGACUAUGAACCUUUGCAGUCAUCGAAAUCAAACGGAGACUAUCUUGCAUAUCCUGCACAGAGCGCAAGUUUCAAAUCUGAAAAGAUCUCCUCAAAUCCAAUUCUAAGCGACGAAAAACGCAGACUUCUAAUUAAUCACUGGAGGAACACACUGGACGACGACAGUGAAAUAAUAAUAGGGGAAUACCAACUUCCAGCGGAGAACACACCUCUUGGAAUAUCUGUUGAAACGGUGGCAAGCGUUGAUAUGAAGGGCGAUCAGUUGGACUUCAGACAUCGUAUCGUCGGCUUAAAGGAGGACGGUGUGAUCGCCAAACAAACUGACCUUAAAGAAGAAGAUGAAAUUAUUGAGACGAGGCGACACGAGUUUAAAUUCCAAUCAGAUUGGCCUCUCGAAGGUAUUAAUGAAUAG